AUGGUGGACGGCAAGAUGGGCAAAUCGCUGCGCAAGUUGCUGAAGAAGCACGUGGUCGACGCGGGGUUGAAGGACAAGUUGGCCGUGUCGGACAAGGCGCUGGGCGCGCUGAUCAAGGAGAAGCUCAGCAUCGCGUGCGUCAAUGACAGCGCCGUGCACGAGAUCAUGCGCGGCAUUCGGGCGAACAUGGACACGCUCAUCACGGGGCUCGAGGACGACGACCUGAAGGCCAUGACGCUCGGGCUGUCGCACUCGCUGUCGCGCUACAAGCUCAAGUUUAGCGCCGACAAGGUGGACACGAUGAUCGUGCAGGCGAUCGGAUUGCUGGACGAGCUCGACAAGGAGAUCAACACGUACUCGAUGCGCGUGCGCGAGUGGUUUGGCUGGCACUUUCCCGAGAUGGGCAAGAUCGUGACGGACAAUCUGCAGUACGCCAAGUGCGUGAUCAAGAUGGGCGUGCGGUCGCAGGUCAAGAGUCUGGACUUUUCCGAUGUGCUGCCUGAAGACGUGGAGGCCUCGAUGCGCGAGGUGUGCGAGGUGUCCAUGGGCACGGACGUUUCCCAGGAAGACGUGGCCAACAUCUCGGCGCUGUGCGAGCAAGUGAUCUCGCUCACCGAGUACCGUGCGCAGCUCUUUGACUACUUGAAGAACCGCAUGAACGCCAUUGCCCCGAACCUCACGGUCAUGGUGGGGGAGCUCGUCGGCGCGCGUCUGAUUGCCCACGCUGGCAGUCUGAUGAACCUGGCCAAGCACCCGGCCAGUACGGUGCAGAUCCUCGGCGCCGAGAAGGCGCUCUUCCGUGCGCUCAAGACCAAGCACGACACGCCCAAGUACGGGCUCAUCUACCACGCGUCGCUCAUCGGCCAGACGGCGCCGAAGCACAAGGGCAAGAUCUCUCGCGUGCUGGCUGCCAAGACGGCUGGCUGUGCGCGUGGACGCACUGGGAGACGCGACUGA